CGGCGCGAGGCGGUUAGAUUUGAACGGUCGCGCUGAAGCGGCGGAGAUUGUAUGGCGGCACCGAGCGUUCCCCGAAGCCGCGCCCCCCCUCGAGCGGCUUGACCCUCCCCCGCAGCCCCAGAGGAAGAGCAGAUUAACAGGGCAAUGGAACUCAAGACAUACCCCAGGAUGAUGUAUCCUACAAAUCUGAGCUUAAACACACAGGACAAAAGAAAUGGAUAUUCAGUAAUAAAGAAGACUUUGAAGCAUUUUUAGGAUGAAGGCCAGAACUGAAAAGAUUAUAUGCCCAUUCAAUAGCCCAAACUGAGAUGUGCAGGAAUGAAUAUAUAUGAAGCAGGCAAGGACAGUAACAGCAACAGAGUGACAAUAGAGAGACCAGGAAGAGACUUAUGUAUACAAGGAGCUGGGUGAAGGAGGAAAUCUGAUAGAGAUGACAGUGAAGAGGCAGACAGAAUAUUAUUGAUAAAAUCUGGUAACACCCUGCCUACAGUAGAUCCAGUAGGUCAAAGGAUAUGAACAAACAGUUCUCAAAAGAAGAAACUGAACCAUUUUGGAAGGCAAUUUGGACUUAUUACAAAUAAAGGCAGUUAUUACCUGAAAAAUAGCUUUUCAAAAAUGGAUGGAUUUUGCCCAGAACCCAGUGAAGGAAAUGACCACAAAGAAAAGACAAGCAGAAGACGACGUUCUUCAAUCUUGAAACCCCCACGGAGUCCUCUUCAAGACAUAAGAAGUGGAAAUGAAAUUGGUCAGGACUUUAUCACAACAAGAAGUCGGAAAAGUUCUCGACGGGUCAGCUUUGCAGAAACCAUUAAAGUAUUCCAAACAGAAAUUCCUACAGAUAUUAAUGAAGAGGCAAAAAAUACAGGAAUAGCUGUAGGAGAAAAUGUUCCAUUUAAGCAAGAUAAAACACCAGAAGAUAAUCAAUGUGAGAUCAUUGGGAUGGAAACACUCCUUCAUGCUCCUCUUCAGGCCCAGUUGCAACAGUCAGAGAGCUCCGAUAUAGAGCCUACUCAUGAAAAAAAGUAUGGAAAUGAUCAAACAGUCAUCUUCUCAGAUGAAAAUCAAAUGGACUUGACAGCUAGUCAUACUGUGAUGAUUACGAAAGGCCUUUUAAGUUGCCCUCAAAUAGAAAAGCCUUCCAAAAUAGAUACCAAAUCCUUUCUGGCCAACUUAAAGUCCCACAAUGAAGAUCUGCCAACAAAUAAAGAAUUUAAUUUGCCCACUGACCCUGAAAGGAGAGCUGAGAAAUGUCCUUUUCAGUCCAAAACAAACACCUCUUCAGAAAAUAAAGUAAAUUUCAAUGACUUCAUAAAAAGGUUGAAAUUAGAAAAAUCUAUUAGUGCCUAUGUUGAAGGACCUGAUAAGGAAAAUGUCUUUACAGCCCACAUCCCUUCCCAAGAACCAAGCAAUAAUGACUUUUCUCUUCUAAAGAAGUCUAUAUUUCCCAGUGCAGAAGAGAACAUCCAUAAUGUCACCAGACUCUUUAGAGAACAAGGUGAUAGAAAGGAUAUCACCCAGAGUCAUACAGAUGAUAUGCAGACCACAGACCCUUUAGCCAAAGAGACUCUUUUGAAGCCAGUUGAAGGAUGUGAUCUUACAGUGUGUGGCAAUGACUCUAUGGACUUGACAGUUAACCACACUGCACAAAAUUUCCUCCCUACAAAUAAUAAAUCUGGGAUAGAGAAUCAUACUCAGAGUAUUACAGUAGAUGUUACAAAAGGUGGUUAUACUACUGAAAACCCAAGAACAAAGAGAAUCUGCAGAAAGCAGUUGAAUAUCUCAUCUCAAGGACCUUCAGGAAAUCUUGAGAAUGGAACAGGUAUUACCAGAAGCCAUAUUGGGGUGGCAGAUACUCAGUCAGCAUCACAGACCUCCAACCAAGGCUCUGUGACAUUGCCCCUGGUCCCAGAACCUGCUUGUUCUGGCCUAGUAUUGCAAGGUGAUAAAACAGUUUUCUUUUCUAGUAAUGAUGAUGCUUUGGAAAUGACCAAAAGUCUUACACCUCAAGGAGAUGAUAAAAAUGCACAUGUCAUUAAUCUCACUCAAAUGUAUCCAAAUUCGGCAAAUGCCAUGCCUAGUCUCACAGAUAAAACUGUUUAUUCAGAAGAAGCCAAUAUGGACAUUACUGAGAGUGACAGAGUAUCUACAGAUGAUCAUAUUAUUGAAUUAUGUCUAACUAAUAUGCAGGUCCCUUCUCUACCCAAUCUUGAAAAUGAGCUGGUAUUUCAGGACCAGGAGACUGUUUCAGGGGAUAUAAAACAGAAUAAAAGCUGCAGGUCAGUUUCUUAUGUAACUAGGGAAGGAUUACAUCAGGGUCUGGCAGAUCCUUUAAGUACUUCAUUGUCUGGUAACAAGUCUGUUGUCCUCUCAGGUGAAGAUAUGGAUUUGACCAAGUGCUGUACUGUCAAGAUUGAUAGCAGUGACUUAGGAACUCUGUUACCUCUGACCUCAACUAAUGUUCUGGCUCCUGUGAAAACUAAAAACCCUCUCUCUCUCACCAGUAGUUUACACACAUGGGAGGAAAUGGAAAUAACCAAAAGUCAUACUGUGCCUAUUAAUCUAAACAACAAGGAAAUCAACACACAACAAGAACUAGGACCUAAAAAUACCCAAACAGAGAUCUGUAUGAAAGAUGAGAAAAUCUUGGAAUUUUCAUCCUGUCCUGAUAAAGAUUCUCUUCAUUCAAGUGUUUAUAAUAGGGAUAUGAACAAAAGCCAUAUCAUAGGCAUUUGUGGUGAGAGUCUUGACAGAAAAGUAGCAUUGGGAAAUUUUGGAAAUGCACAUUUUCACAAGCAGCCUUUGUUAUCCAAGGUAAAACCAAUAACUCUUUCAUCAGAAGAUGAUAUGGAAAGACACACGAUUAACAUUAACCCCUGCACACUGAAAUCUACACUGGGACAGAAUUUUAAACUCUCUGACCCACUAGAAAAAAAUAUCAAUACUUCACUUGCCUUUUGUCAUGAUAAAACUCUCAUGUUCUCAGAAGAACAACAAAAUAUGGACUUAACUACUAGUCACACUGCUGUUAUUGGAUGUAUGCACUAUCCUUCAGAACAGAAGUCUGGAGAUGUGAUUCUCCAGAAUAUCAUCUAUAAACCACAGUCUGAGUUGCAAAAUAAUACCAAUUUACUUUCUAAUUUGUCAGAUAUGGGCUUUGUUGGAAAUUAUGCUUCGACUAAACAAAUAGAAGAGUCUUCCAUAAUAAAUACCAGAUCCUUUCUGGCCAACUUAAAGUCCCACAAUGAAGAUCUGCCAACAAAUAAAGAAUUUAAUUUGCCCACUGACUCUGAAAGGACAGCUGAGAAAUGUUCUUUUCAGUCCAAAACAAACACCUCUUCAGAAAAUAAAGUAAAUUUCAAUGACUUCAUAAAAAGGUUGAAAUUAGAAAAAUCUAUUAGUGCCUAUGUUGAAGGACCUGAUAAGGAAAAUGUCUUUACAGCCCACAUCCCUUCCCAAGAACCAAGCAAUAAUGACUUUUCUCUUCUAAAGAAGUCUAUAUUUCCCAGUGCAGAAGAGAACAUCCAUAAUGUCACCAGACUCUUUAGAGAACAAGGUGAUAGAAAGGAUAUCACCCAGAGUCAUACAGAUGAUAUGCAGACCACAGACCCUUUAGCCAAAGAGACUCUUUUGAAGCCAGUUGAAGGAUGUGAUCUUACAGUGUGUGGCAAUGACUCUAUGGACUUGACAGUUAACCACACUGCACAAAAUUUCCUCCCUACAAAUAAUAAAUCUGGGAUAGAGAAUCAUACUCAGAGUAUUACAGUAGAUGUUACAAAAGGUGGUUAUACUACUGAAAACCCAAGAACAAAGAGAAUCUGCAGAAAGCAGUUGAAUAUCUCAUCUCAAGGACCUUCAGGAAAUCUUGAGAAUGGAACAGGUAUUACCAGAAGCCAUAUUGGGGUGGCAGAUACUCAGUCAGCAUCACAGACCUCCAACCAAGGCUCUGUGACAUUGCCCCUGGUCCCAGAACCUGCUUGUUCUGGCCUAGUAUUGCAAGGUGAUAAAACAGUUUUCUUUUCUAGUAAUGAUGAUGCUUUGGAAAUGACCAAAAGUCUUACACCUCAAGGAGAUGAUAAAAAUGCACAUGUCAUUAAUCUCACUCAAAUGUAUCCAAAUUCGGCAAAUGCCAUGCCUAGUCUCACAGAUAAAACUGUUUAUUCAGAAGAAGCCAAUAUGGACAUUACUGAGAGUGACAGAGUAUCUACAGAUGAUCAUAUUAUUGAAUUAUGUCUAACUAAUAUGCAGGUCCCUUCUCUACCCAAUCUUGAAAAUGAGCUGGUAUUUCAGGACCAGGAGACUGUUUCAGGGGAUAUAAAACAGAAUAAAAGCUGCAGGUCAGUUUCUUAUGUAACUAGGGAAGGAUUACAUCAGGGUCUGGCAGAUCCUUUAAGUACUUCAUUGUCUGGUAACAAGUCUGUUGUCCUCUCAGGUGAAGAUAUGGAUUUGACCAAGUGCUGUACUGUCAAGAUUGAUAGCAGUGACUUAGGAACUCUGUUACCUCUGACCUCAACUAAUGUUCUGGCCCCUGUGAAAACUAAAAACCCUCUCUCUCUCAGCAGUAGACCCACUUCCCAAACCGCUCUUCAACAUAUUCCUUUUCCACCGAAACAGGCAUUUAAUUCCUUCUUGCAAGGGAAAAGUGAUCUACAGUCUGAAAAACCAUUUGGUAACUGCCAGAAUUCAUUAUCCCAACCUGAGAAUCACAGAGUGGCUAAUACAGAUGUGAGCCCAGAGAAUGUUCAUCAAUCACUGCUAGCCAGUUCACUCUUGCCUUGUCCUUCAGAAAAGACUAUUAUUUUUGCCCCAGAGCAAGAUAAUAUGGACUUGACUGAAAACCAUGAAGUUAUUAUUCAAACUGGCAACCCAAAGAUACCUAUAGAUGAACAGAAGCAAAAAUACAAUGAGGCUUCUAUGAGACAUGGGAAAUCACCAAACUUAACUCUUUCAUCUUUGAAUAAGAAAGGGAUUACAGAAAUUAUAGGGGAUAGUUUGGAGAUUAAUAAAAUCCAUACAAUUGUCAGAGACAAAGCAGAUUUAGGAGAUGAAGGAACAAGCAGGCCAACAGAUAAAACAGUGUUAUUUUCAGAUAAUCAGGAUGAGUUAGAAAUCACUAAGUCCCACAGUGUUCUUAUUGAUUACCAGACCACAGAGAAGACACAAAAUAUAUCUCUUCUCAAGGACUCUAGCAGGAAAAGCUUAGGUCAACCAAAGAUGAUGUUUGCUCGUAAUGAUCAAACCAUUUUCUUUUCAGAGGAAGGUGAAAAUGAUUUGGAUCUUACUAAAAGCCAUACUACAGUAAUAAAUAGCCAGAUAGUGCCACAAGAAGAUAGCCAAAGAAGUGUUCCUAUAGAUAAGACUAUAAUGUUUACAUCCAGUAAUGACAUGGAAUUAACUAAGCCAAUCCCUUGUAUGAUUAAUAAAACUGUAGAGAGACCAAGGUUAGAGAAUGCACAGCUGUUAGGUAAACCUGAGAGAAAUAAAAGCAUGAAUGAAUUCUAUAGUAACAAAACUGUUGUAUCUCCAGCAGGUAAUGAGAACGAGAUGGAAAUCACAAAGGAACUAAACCAUAAAGAUGUCCUGGUUGGUGAACAAGAUAGUUGUUUGAUACCUUUAGCUGCAGUGUCCAAAACUGUUUUAUACAGAGGUGAACAAGAUGACAUGGAGCUCACUAACAUUACUAAAAGCCACAUGUUUGCAAUGGACUGUGAAGCUAAUUUACACGACGAAGGAACCAGUAGGCUAAUGGAUAAAACAGUGGUGUUUGCAGAUAAUCAGGAUGAACUAGAAAUUACUAAGUCCCACACUGUUGUCAUUGAUUACCAGACUAUGGAAAAGACACAAGACAGGACUCAUCUUAAGGACUCUAAAAGGAAAAGCCUAAGCUGGCCUAAGAUGAUGUUUGCUCCUAAUGAUCAGACUGUAUUUUUUUCAGAGGAAGAUGGGAAUGAUUUAGAUCUCACUAAAAGCCACACUAUAGUAAUAAACAGCCAGAUAGUGCCACAAGGAGAUAACCACAGGAAUAUUCCUGUGGAUAAAAGUAUAAUAGUUACAUCCAGUGAUGACAUGGAAUUGGCUACCUGCAUGACUAACAAAAUGAGAGAGGAUCCUGUGUUGAAUACUGAACAUCUGUCAGAGAAACCUGGGGAGAAUAAAAGCAUAAAUGUAUUCAACAGUGACAAAACUGUUUUAUUUUCAGCAGAUGAUGAAAAUGAUAUGGAAAUUACUAAUGCUUAUACAAAGGAAGUAAACAACAAAGGUCUCCUUGAAGGUGAACAAGACAGAUAUUUGGUACCUUUAGCUACAGCUUCCAAAACUAUUUUGUAUAGAGGUGAACAGGAUGACAUGGAGAUCACUAAUUUCACUAAAAGCCACACAUUUGCAAUGGACUGUGAAGCUAAUUUACAAGAUGAAGGAACCAGUAGGCUAAUGGAUAAAACAGUGAUGUUUGCAGAUAAUCAGGAUGAACUAGAAAUUACUAAGUCCCACACUGUUGUCAUUGAUUACCAGACUAUGGAAAAGACACAAGACAGGACUCAUCUUAAGGAUUCUAAAAGGAAAAGCCUAGGUCAGCCUAAGAUGAUGUUUGCUCCUAAUGAUCAGACUGUAUUUUUUUCAGAGGAAGGUGGAAAUGAUUUGGAUCUUACUAAAAGCCACACAAGAGUAAGAAUUAACCAAAGAGUGCCACAAGGAGAUGAACCUAAUAGCAUUCCUAAAGACAGAACUGUAAUGUUUACAUCCAGUGAUGACAUGGAAUUGACUAAAUUGACCACUUGCAUAACUGACAAAACCAUAGAGGAUCUUGGGGUGGAUAUUGUACAGCCGUUAGAACAACCUAGCAAGAAGAAAAGUAUAAAUAAACUCAACAGUGAUAAAACUGUUGUAUUUUCAGGAAGCGAUGAUAAUGAGAUGGAAAUUACUAACACUUGUACAAUGGAAAUAAACCACAAAGAUGUCCUUGGAGUUGAACAGGACAGAUGUUUGGUACCAUUAGUUGCAACUUCCAAAGCUGUUUUGUCUAGAGGUGAACAAGAUGAUAUGGAGAUCACUGACAUUACUAAAAGCCACAGAGUUGCAAUGGACUGUGAAGCUAAUUUACACGACGAAGGAACCAGUAGGCUAAUGGAUAAAACAGUGGUGUUUGCAGAUAAUCAGGAUGAACUAGAAAUUACUAAGUCCCACACUGUUGUCAUUGAUUACCAGACUAUGGAAAAGACACAAGACAGGACUCAUCUUAAGGACUCUAAAAGGAAAAGCCUAAGCUGGCCUAAGAUGAUGUUUGCUCCUAAUGAUCAGACUGUAUUUUUUUCAGAGGAAGGUGGAAAUGAUUUGGAUCUUACUAAAAGCCACACAAGAGUAAGAAGUAACCAAAGAGUGCCACAAGGAGAUGAACCUAAUAGCAUUCCUAAAGACAGAACUAUAAUGUUUACAUCCAGUGAUGACAUGGAAUUGACUAAAUUGACCACUUGCAUAACUGACAAAACCAUAGAGGAUCUUGGGGUGGAUAUUGUACAGCCGUUAGAACAACCUAGCAAGAAGAAAAGUAUAAAUAAACUCAACAGUGACAAAACUGUUGUAUUUUCAGGAAGUGAUGAUAAUGAGAUGGAAAUUACUAACACUUGUACAAUGGAAAUAAGCCACAAAGAUGUCCUUGGAGUUGAACAGGACAAAUGUUUGGUACCAUUAGUUGCAACUUCCAAAGCUGUUUUGUCUAGAGGUGAACAAGAUGACAUGGAGCUCACUGACAUCAUUAAAAGCCACACAGUUGCAAUGGACUGUGAAGCUAAUUUACAAGAUUUGGGAACUUGUAGACUUAUGGAUAAAACAGUGAUGUUUGCAGAUAAUCAGGAUGAACUAGAAAUUACUAAAUCCCACACUGUUGUCAUUGAUUACCAAGUUAUAGAGAAGACACAGGAUAUGUCUUAUCUUAAGGGCUCUAGAAGGAAAAGCCUAGGUCAGCCUAAGAUGAUGUUUGCUCCUAAUGAUCAAACAGUUUUCUUUUCAGAGGAAGAUGGGAAUGAUUUGGAUCUUACUGAAAGCCAUACCACAGUAAUAAACAGUCAGGUAGUGCCACAAGGAGAUAGCCACAGAAGUGUUCCUAUAAAUAAGACUGUAAUGUUUACAUCUAAUAAUGACAUGGAAUUAACUGAGCUGACUCCUUGUACAAUUGAUAAACUUAUAGAGAGAUCCAACUUAGGGAAUACACAGCUAUUAGACAAGCCUGGGGGAAGUAAAAGUAUGAAUGAACUCUAUAGUAACAAAACUGUUAUAUUUCUAGCAGGUGAUGAGGAUGAGAUGGAAAUCACCAAUGUUCUUACAAAGGAAAUUAACCCCAAAGAUGUCUUAGGAAGUGAACAGGACAGAUAUUUGGUACCUUUGACUACAGCUUCUAAAACUAUUUUGUAUAGGGGUGAACAGGAUGACAUGGAGAACACUGAUAUCACUAAAAACCAUACUUUUGCAGUAGACCAUGAAGCUGAUUUACAAAAUGGAGGAACCAGUAGAAUAAUGGAUAAAACAGUAGUAUUUACAGAUAAUCAGGGUGAACUAGAAAUUACCAAGGCCCACACUGUUGUCAUUGAUUCCCAAACUAUGAAGAACACACAAAACAUAUUUCCAGAUAAAACAAAACUUGAUAGCUUUAAAAUAAAUAAUCUAGUUGGAACACAGGUAACAUUUAUUCCUAAUAAUGAGACCAUUUUCCUUUCAUGCGAAGAUGUUAAUGAUAGAAAAAUCACUAAAAAACAAAUAGAUGCAAUAGAAAACAAAAGUUUCCUUCAGAACAAACAGCAGCAGUCUGCAUUAUCUUUCUUCCCUGUAGAUAAAACAAUGAUGUUUACAGGUGAUCAAGAUAAAAUGGAAAUGGACAGAUCUCAAAGCUCCAUUAUUAAAGAAAAAACUUGGGAGAAAGUUGUUGAUCAGGAUCAGGUAUUGGAAACAACAAUAAGAGGAUCAUACCCUUUUGAGAGUACAAUUUUAUUGGGGAAAAUAUCUAAAAUUAAAUCUAAGACAAUUCCAUUUAAGUUUCCACAGCAUAAAGUAAAAAAUUUCACCAGUGAUGAAGAGCAAAGACGAAGUAAACACUUCAGGGAUGCCUUAUUCAUUGAUCCUCAAUCUCAAUCACCAACCCAUUUACCAGAAAAGGAACAAUAUAUUGUGAACAGGGAUAAGCUAAUGCAACCAGAGUCAGAAAAUGGAAAUUUAAAGGUUGCUACAGAAAGCCUUUGCAUACCUAACUAUGAAAAUGAGUCCAGAAUGUUACAUGAUGAUAGAAAACUUACUACAGUCUCAGAAAAAGAACAAAAGCAAAAUGUGUCAGUAUCUAAAAGGGAAACAACAGUUGAAAUACAUGUUAAUUCAGACUCAGCUACUCAAGAACAUCAACCCCAUGCCAUUCCUUCCAAAUUGUCUGAUCCUAUGAUUUCAUCUAAAGCUAUUAGUACUGCUAAUAUUGAACCAAAUCUGAAUAAUGAUGUAAAGAGAUCUGAAAAUUUUCAGACAACAGGUAUUUCUAACCUUACAGAGCAACUACCCAAAUUGGGAAAACAAGCAGAGGACACUAUGAAUAAAUCUCAUUCCACCGAAACACAAAACACAAAAACAGGAACCAAUGAUCCAAAGAAUGACAAAGAUGAAGUAAAACUGUAUUCUUGUAUUGGAGAUACAUCUUCUGUGUUUUUAAAGGCUGUUGAGAAAAAUAAAAUUAAGGCAAGAAAGUACUCUCUGGGAAUCUUCUUACCCAAACUGCCAAACAAAAGAAAUUGCAGUGUCACUGGUAUGAAUGCCUUGGAGCAUAUCUCAGGAGAUUUAACAGAUGGAAAUAGUUUAGAAACUCAACUAGUCAAUAACAAAAAUUCAAAUUUGAUUUGUGCUCUAAAAAAGCCACCCAUGAGCCCCUCUCAGUAUAUAAAUGAGGAACUCAUUCCUCUAGAUCCAGAAGAGAGUAAUUCCUCUGAAUCCAUCAGCAUUGAAAUUGAGGAAAAGGCUUCAAUUGAGACUUGCCAACAAAAGAUCCAACCACCUGAAAGUACAGCAAAAGAAAUCUCCAACAGUCAGAAAAGACUCCGAGUGAAAGGUGAUGAUGACAGUGUUCACAGUGAGAAAAAAGUCCGAAAGGAUGAGGCCAGUCUUAGUCAUUCAACCCAGGCUCUCCAGGCAUUUGAUCACCCUAUAGAAGAGUAUGUGGAUAAAAAUUCUUGUGAUCCAUUGACGAAAAAUCUCAACAGGACCCCAUCUAGUUGUUCCAGCUCCUCAGAUUCUAUCAAGGCUGAUGGGACAUCCAUAAAUUACAGCAUACAGCAGAGCAGUCAGAUGGAAUCACAAUUUCUCAUGGACCACAAUUGUGAAGAGAGCCUAAAGGAGAAACUCCAUGAUGGUAGGAUCACAGUAAGAGAGUUCUUUACACUUCUGCAGGUCCAUAUUCUAAUUCAAAAACCUCGACAUAGCACUCUUCCAGCCAAUUUUGCUACCAAUGUGUCAUCCACACCAAAAGACUUGAUGUUAAACCAAUAUGUUUACCGGCCCCAAAUACAGAUUUAUAAAGAAGAUUGCCAGGCUCUCCAUGAAAAGAUUGAAGAAUUAAAGCUUCGUGCAUUGAACCAAGAUAAACUACUGGUGGAUGUGAAUAGAAGCCUGUGGGAAGUAAUGAAGGACUGCUCUGAUGAAGAGCUGAAGACAUUUGGAGUACAUUUGAACAAAAUGAAAUCACGUUUUGCCAAGAAGACUAAAGUUUUUGCUCACCAAGGGAAAGUGGCUCUAUAUAGUAAACUGGUACAAUCAGCAAAGGCUGAACGGGAGAAUCUUGAGAUAAGGAUGGACAAAAUGGAUUCCGUACUCAAGGAGGCAGAUACCUGUCUUGCUGCUCUGGACCUUGAAAUUAAGAAUCUGGACAAGAUUAAAGAAAUUCCUAUGGAAGAGUGGGAUUCUGAAAUAUUAGCUACAGAGAAAGAAUUAGAACAAUUACAAGCUAAAGAAGAAGAACUCAAGAGGAAUAUAUCAGAACUGGAGAUACAGAGGCAGCAGGCAUUUGCCCAAAUAAACAUUCUACAAACAGAAGCAAAUACAACUAAGGAGCGACUGGAAAAAUUCAAUGGCUCAGAAUGGGAGAUCAUUGAAUGGAGUGAUAGCCAGGCUGUAUUCACUUUCCUUUAUGACUCAAUAGAGCUCACCAUCACCUUUGGAGAGCCUGUGGAUGGUCCUCCUUUCCUAAACAAAAUUUGCAGAAAGAUUGUUGGUGUAAACUUUGAAACUCUGCUGAAUGAAAAUAAAGCUCCCCCAUCAUCACUGUUAGUGCAUAGACUUAUUUUACAAUUCAUUAAGGAUCAGGAAUCAUGGAAGAAUAAAUGCAUAACUCAACAUCAUGUGCCUAAGAUGCUACAAGAGAUUUCAUUGGUAGUAAGCCAUUGCAGACUCUUGGGAGAGGAAAUUGAAUAUUUAAGUAGAUGGGGACCAAAAUUUAACCUCAUGAACGUAGAUGUGAAUAAUACUCAAGUACAGCUCUUAUUCUCCAGUUCUGCUGCUUUUGCAAAGUUUGAAUUGACACUUUCUCUUUCGGCCCAUUAUCCAUCUGUCCCAGUAUCUUUCACCAUUCAGAACCUCAUUGGGAACACUGCCCAAGAUAAAAUUGCUGCCAUUUUGUCUAAAGUGCCGCUGGAUAACAACUACCUGAAGACAGCAGUCAAGUAUAUUUACCAAGAUCUGCUCCAAGGCCCUCAUAUUCAUCCCUAGAACCAUGUACAACUCUAAUGAACAAAUUUUUUCCAUUGUUUGCUUUUCAACCUUGACUCUCUUUGGUAUUAGAAGCAAACUUAAAAGAGCUCUUAUUAGUCAUACUAUUUUUAUAUUUAAAUGACUGUAGUCAGGGAUCGUAUGUUCACCUCUCUUUCUUAGAAAGAAUAGAAUGGUAUACUUUGCUUUAUGCUAAGUCAGUGGAUAUGUAAGAAAAAAAUAUCUUAAACUGUAGUGGAAUUCUGAGCUUUGAUGAACAAUCUAUUGGACAUGAGAAAGGAAAUGAUUACUGAGAAUAUUUUUUUCUGCCAUCUCCAGAUAUUCUGGCUUCUGCUUCAUAGAUUUUUUCUAGUAUGUAAAAAUUACAUUUCCCAACAUAGAGACAAUGCUAAAAAUUUCCAAGCUCAUUUCUCUCCAUUUCAGAAAUAUUAUUUCCAGAAAGGAAAAUAAUGAACCCACAGUUAUUAAAAUGGGUCAAUCUUUUCCAGAGGGACUAGCUUCCUCUAAUUGUUAUUGUAUAGUGUCUGCUGGUGGUAUCAAUUGUCUUGUCUAUUUAAGUGCAUUCCAGUGAAAGUUCAUUUUCGUCUAGGAUUGUGUAAAUAUUAAUUUGUGAUAUUUAAAUAUGUAGUAAUAAGUUGGUGCUCUUCUUUUAGUCUGGGCUGUUGGCCUUUUCCCAUUUUACUGGAGAUUGCUUUACAAGAUCUUUUUGUUAAAUCACUUUUGCUCUUCAUUUGACUCCAUAUCACAUCCAUAACCUCUACUAAAUUCUGGAACAGGUGGUGAUAAUGAACAAAUAUCCCAGCUCUAGGCCAAAGAUCUGAUCUUCCAUUACAGAAUAAAUGGAAUUGGAUGGUGAUGUACAUAAAUUUAGACCCCAAACUGAAUAACUCCUUUCCUAUCCAUACCUUUAAUGAAAUACUAAUUGCAUCCUAUUAAAUUAUUUCUCUCAUUGUGAGGAAAAUACUAACAUUACAUUUUGUUUUUACUAAUAUCCCUCAGAAUUGGGUUCUUACUUUUAAUUUUAUAUAUUCCACAUGUAAUCUUCUUUUAAUUAGUUUUUUUGUCAUAAGACAAAGACUAAUUUGAAAGGCCCUGUGGUUUUCUCUCAACAGAAAUCAGAAUUCAUCUUUUAUAAUUUUAUACAAAGACACAAAGCUCAUUUGACAUAAAUAUCGCCAUCCGAAUUCACUUUCUCUAUGGGUUUCUUUGAAAACUGCUCUAACAUCAUCCACAAUGUUAUCUUGCUGUAUGUUAUGACCACCUGUUCCAUGAGUCUCAAAUAUAGCUCCUAUAUGGGGGCAAGGGGGAGGUAAAAUUUCUAGAGUCCUAAGUAUUAGGGUUCUGUCUUUUGUAUGAUGGUAAUCUUUUAUGAACAGUUCUAGAGAGAGAAUAAAUUGUGUUAUAUAUAGUAAUAGCCUCAGCUUUCCUAAACUAAUUUUUUGGGUUUCAUUAUAUUUAUAAAACUUGAAAAUUUUCUGCAUUUAUAUUUGUUGAAAGCUUUGGCUGUUUGUUUUUACAUAAUUAUUUGGUAUGUUUUCCUUCAAUGAUUGGAAUAAUUUUGUAUCAUUUAGACUGGUUGAAAGUAUUCAGUAGUAAAUAAAUAAUGUCUCUACAUAAUGGGACUUCUGAGAAGUCCUUUGGAAUUAAAUUAAAGAAAGCAAAGGGCCAGGUAGGAACACCUAGCUAGGGACUAAGCCAAGUUUAGCAGGAGUCACGUGGAAUCAAAGCCAUUUCAAGACACUAAAACUUUUCUUGUAAUUCAAGGAACAUGUUAUUUUUCUGAGCUGAGAUUAGGAUUUGAGAAGGAAAAGUCUCAGCAGCAAACUCAUUCCCACUUUUUUUUAACAAAAACUGUAUGCUCCCUUUUAGAUAGGUUCUUUUUGCUAGUUUACUGCCAAUCUCAUAUUUAUUCCUUAAGAGUCACAAGUCAAUAGGUAUUUAAUGGCCAUAAAUAUAAGGGGUCUCUCCCUCAAAGAGUUAAUACCACAGUUGAGGAAACAAUGUGUAUACAUUCAGUUCUGGUUUCAGUGGGUGCCUAGUGGGUGAGGGCACAUUAAAUAUUAUUUUAAAAUAUUUAUUAUUAAAUAUUAAUAUUUAAAAUAUUACAUUUAGCUCUUUGUUAUUAAAUAUUAAUAUUUAAAGUAUUAGUUGAUUAAGUACUAGUUUAUAUGGUAAAGAUAAUACAAUAGGAAUUCAAAGAUGGAAGAUAUUAAUAUAUACUGAAGAAACUGGAAAGUAUUUUAUGUACAUAGGAGCUAGAACUUAAAAGGAAGUACAAGAUUUUAAUUGGUUGAGAACAUUUUGAAAGGAGAGAGUGGAUGACAGGUUGAAUAAAGGCAUGAAGAUAAGAAUAAUAAGCAUUCUAAGAUCAUUAUGAUGAUGACGAAAUUAUUAUUAGCACAAAAAUAAUUCUAGUCCCAGAAAAUAGAACUUAAAUUAUCUAGAUGGGUUCCGUUUUUUGUCCCUAGUAACCAGCAUUCCAACUUAAUUUGAAUUAGAGCCAAAAGGGCUUUAGUUAAUGGCAAGGUACCACAAGUACCUAGGAGGAGACCUUUAGUUGCUAGUGUGAUACUAUAUGCACUGAUCCAUCCUUCCUCUGUAAAUAUCUUUUCUUGAAUCUAGCCCCUAAUUUGAUUUUCUUAAAUAAAAUUGGCCCUUACAAUCUAGCAUUAAAUGUACAGUCACAGAAUCUCAAAGUUGGAAAAGACCUUAUAGAAAUGGUUCAGAAUUGACAAGCAAAACCUAGGAAUAAAUACAAUAGCCCUUUGAGAAACUUAAAAUCACAAGUUCCAGGAAGUAGGGAUCCCUCUUCAAUAGGAACUGGCAAGAAAACUGGAAAACAUCUUGACAAAAAAAUGUGCCAGCAUCUUAUGUCCAUAUACCACAAUAAAUCCAAGUGGGUAUUCUUUAGGUUGUGUCACUUAAUAUCAAGAGAAUUACAGUGAGGGGUAGAAUUGAUAAGUUUUGGUAUAAAAAUUAGGGGAAAAAAACUUCUAAGUGGGGGCAGCUGGGUAGCUCAGUAGAUUGAGAGGUCCUAGGCUCAAAUCUGGCCUCAGCCACUUCCUAGCUGUGUGACCCUGGACAAGUCACUUGACCCCCUUUGCCUAGCCCUUACCACUUUUCUGACUUGGAGCCAAUACACAGUAUUGACUCUAAGACAGAAGGUAAGGUUUAAAAAAAAAUUUUCUAAGUGCAUAAAAUUAAAAGGGUUUUACAUGAACAAAGUCAACAUAUUUAGAAUGAUAUAGCAUGGGAAAAAUCUUUGCACUAAACAUCUGAUAAAAGAAAUAUCGGUAACCAUGUGGAAAAAUACUUCAAAUUACUGGUGUGAACAUAAAAACAAAUUGAAAGUUUCACCUCAUACCCAUCAAAUUAGCAAAGCUGAUAAAAGAGGUCUAUUCUAAAAGGACUUUAGCUACAUGAAUACUCUGUUGGUAGAACUAUGAUUCACUACAACUGUUCCCAGAAAACUAUUUUUUAAAAAGCUACUGACUAGUCUAUAUCCCUUGACUCAUUCCCUGUACUGGGCAUAAACCCCAAAGAAGUAAAAAACUUGGGGUAGCUAGGUGGCUCAGUGAAUAGAGCACUGGGCCUGGAGAUGGGAGGUCCUGUGUUCAAAUAUAUCUCAGAUACUUCCUAGAUGUGUGCCCCUGGGCAAAUCACACUCUAAUUACCAGGCCUUUACCCCUCUUCUGUCUUGGAACCAAUACUCAGUAUUGACUCUUAAGACAGAAGGUAAGAGUUUAAAAAAAAAAAGUCAAAGACUUAAGGUACCUACAUAUACCAAAACAUAACAGUGCUUUUUUGGUAGCAAAAAAAUUGGAAACCAAAAUAUGUGUUCAUUGUUCAGGAGAUGGUUGGAUUGUAAUAUGUGAAUAUGAUGGAAUAUUAUUAUACUAUAAGAAAAAAAUUGGGGAUUCAGAACAUGGGAAAAACACAUAUGAAGUAAUAUGAUGAAAUAAGAACCAAGAGAAACUUUGAAAUAAUUAUAAUCGUGUGUGUUUAUUUAAACAAAAAGGCAAACAAAUCAAAAUAAAUACAAUGACCAAAUCUGAGCCUAAAGAUCAGAUGACUAUAAAUGAAUACAGUAUGUAGUAGGUGCAGAUGUAGUCGCUGUAUGGUCAAUUAUCCUUGACUUUGUUACAUGGAAUAGCAAUGGGUCUGGGAAAAUAGUUAUGCUGGAAAAAAGUCCUAGAGGUUCAGAUUUAGCAAAAUUUUAGGUAUAGUUAAUGUGGAUUUGUUUUACUUGACUAAUUUGUUACGGUAGGGAGUUUCUAUUGGGAGGAAAGACAUGGAGGUUGGUAGUGGUAAUGAUAACCCCCCACUUAAACACCCACAAAAAAGCAGAAGGCAGUCCAGAGGAAUCAGCAGGGAAAUGUUGGAGUUCAUGUUAAAUUGAAUAUAUUUGCAAAAAGAGAAGUUGUGUGAGAUAAAUAUUCACUAUCAUAGCCCUCUUUUUUAUAUAGGAAACAUGUUAUUUGUCAGGUUCAUGAUAACAAAAAAAAAAUUUAGGUGAAUACCAGUAAAAAUGUAAAAGAAAAGGCAGCAAGAGGUAAUGUAAUACAAUCCAUACCUGAACAGGAAUCACCAUUAGCAUCAUCCAGUCUAGCUAGGAGGCAAAUAAUUACUAUACUUUCCUUUCCUUUAAAAUUUUAUUUAUUUUAACCUUAAACACUGAAAUAAUUUUCUUUUCCUGCAUAGCAGAAUACAGAUGAUUCUCUGGAACAAAACUUCCAUAUUUUAUAUUUACUUUUUUAAAAUUAUACAUACCUUCAAAACUGCCCCACUCAUAUUACUUUUGGAAUUUCUGCUCAAUUUUUAAACUGUUUUCAGUGGUCUUUUGUAUGUAUGUUAUUAUAGCUUCCCUUGCCCCAUUUUUUAUAACAAGUAUAGUAAAACAAAAGGAAUCUCCAUAUUUUGGCCAUGUCCAAAAAUGUACAGCUCUGUGCCUUGUGUCCAUCCCCUCUCUAUCAGGAACUGGGUAACAAACUUCAUCGCAGGACUUCUGCAAACUCGGUUGGUCAUGGCAUUGAUCAAAGACUUUCAAAGUUGUUUUUCUUCACAAUGUUGUUGCUUUUGUGCUCUGGUUCUGUCACUUCACUCUGUGUAAAUUCUCUAAAAUCCAUCUUUGUAAUUUCUUGCUAUGCAAUAAAGUUCCAUUACAUUCACAUGCCACAA